ACAGGCCCAAGACAGGAAGAGAGAGCCCCAGGAAAAGAUAUGGGGUCUGUCAUGGAUCCAGCCUUCGUCCAAGCUCCUGAGCACCGGCCUAAACCCACUGACACGGUGGAGGCCGUUGGCAUCCCACUCAUCGACCUCUCCCCCGUCCUCCACUCCCCCAUCCCCGCCACCGCCGCCGCCGCCCCUCCUGCCAUCUUCGAUCUGCUGGCGGAGGUGGAGGCGGCGUGCCAGGAGUGGGGGUUCUUUCAGGUGAUCAACCACGGGGUUCCUUCGGAGCUCCUCGACAACAUCUUGGCAGCGUCCAAGGGAUUCUUCGCGCUGUCGGUGGAGGAAAAGCGGCAGGUGAAGAGGGACGACGUGAAUCCGCUCGGCUACUACGACACGGAGCACACCAAGAAUGUAAGAGACUGGAAGGAGGUGUUCGACUUCGUCGUCGAGGAGCCGACCGUGUUCCCGGUGUUGGCCGGGCCACGAACUAAUGAGUUCGACUCGUUUAUGAAUCGGUGGCCAGAAUAUCCUCCAGGAUUCAAGGAGGCUUGUGAGAAAUAUGCCAAAGCUGCAAAUAAGCUAGCUUUCAAGCUACUAGAGCUGAUUGCGUUGACCCUAGGUUUGCCUGCCAAGCGAUUGAAUGGGUUCUUUAAAGAUCAAUCCAGCUUCAUCCGCCUCAACCACUACCCUCCAUGCCCCUCCCCUCACCUUGCCCUAGGUGUUGGCCGGCACAAGGAUAGCGGAGCCCUCACCAUCCUGGCUCAAGAUGAUGUCGGUGGGCUUGAUGUUAAGAGGCAGUCUGAUGGUGAGUGGGUCCGUGUCAAGCCAAUUCCCAACUCUUAUAUCAUCAAUAUUGGCGACAUUAUUCAGGUCUGGAGCAACGAUAAGUAUGAGAGCGCAGAACAUAGGGUCUCUGUGAACUCAGAGAAGGAGAGGUUCUCCAUUCCUUUCUUUUUCAAUCCGGCGCAUUAUGUGGAAGUGCAGCCACUAGAGGAGCUUAUAGAUGAAAAGAAGAGCCCGGCUAAGUACAAUGCAUACAACUGGGGAAAGUUCCUUAAGACAAGGAAAAGUAGCAACUUUAAGAAGCUGGAGGUAGAAAAUAUCCAAAUUUAUCAUUUCAGGAAGGCAGUAUGAUUUGCUCAAAAGUCUUGCUAUAGGGAGGAUUGUUAAAUAAGCCAUGCAAAGGAGUGUUACGUUGAUAUAAAACCUACUGAUUGUUCCAUAUUAUGUCUUGUUUGCACUGUAUUAGCUGGAAAGCAUAUAAAGUAUUAUGGUGCUUUAAGGUAUGGAUGGGUUUCCUUCCCAGCAUUUGCUUUUGAUGCCAAAUUAAUGCAUUAUUUAGUUCA